AGACCAAGUUAGGAUGGCGCACAUUUUUUUCUUUCCGACCAAACGAAAAACCAAAUUUAAAAUUUUCUCCCAUCCUUUUUUUCUCACUCAAAACAAACACACCCUAAUGCAUGCAUGCACUUAUAGGAUGACUAAACAGGGAAGUUUUUAUGCAAAAUGCAGAGAAAUGGGAGGACAGCCGUACCCAAGUUUGGAGGGUGGGACGACAAGUCCGGGAACAGCCCCAGCAAUUACACGGUGAUGUUCUCUGAAGCUCGAGCAAACAGGAAGCAGCAAAAGAAGGACUUUACUCGCCACAGCCUCGGGAACGAGCAAGAGCUUCGUGCCAAACAGCACCAAGUGGAGGUGGAAUCCGUGAGGGUAAGAGACUUCUCUAGCCUCAGCUAUCCCCUCCUUUUGCACAAUAAUAAGCACUACCCUUCAUUUUUUGCAUCCUGUCAUAUGAACAAAAAAAAAGGAACCUCUGGUUUUGUUAUGAUCCAUACCCCCUUGGUCAAAAUGCGUAUGGAUCAUACCAAUGCCAGUUUCUAUUCUCUGUGAGCAUGUUAUAGUAGUAAUAGUACCUUUGUCCCAGUUUUAUUCUAUGCAAGAUAAUUGGGAUAGUGAGCGUGAGAAAGGGUAGAGAAUCUUUCCGGAAGGGUUGGCUAGUCAUGGCAUGUGACUUUAGGGUUUUUUCCGGGGAUACGACCUUUAGAUAGGAACGCCUAGAGAUCAGGGAUUGGACUAGUUCUGUAAACCUUUGGGCUAAUUGCUUGUGCUUGUGAGCUUUCUGUGCUUUUGGAAACAGUUCAAGUAUUGGUGUGUGUGCUUAUGUGUGUCUGUGCUCUUACUUUGCUCGUGUUACUGUGUUUACUUUGUAUGUGUUUCUAUGUUCGGCUUAUGCUUGUUGCCCGUGAAGGGCAAAUAGGACUCUUUUUGGGAGGGAAGGUGUAUCAUUUUUAAUACUCCCUCUGUCCCUCCCUGUAUCUUAGUCACUUUGACUAUUCACAAGGUCACACUAUAUCUUUUUUUCCUAAAUAUUUUCAUUGAUCAUUUGUUUAAAAUAGCAUAGCCAUUUCAUGACUUCUUGUUUUGUAGAGCUUUUGAUCUAGGUUUUAAGUAUAUUGAUUUUAUUUUGUAAUUCUAGACCAAUAGUUAGAUAAAAUAAGUUGAAAGUAACUUUAAUCAAACAUCGUAAACCUUAACAUGGCAAUAAGGCGGGACGGAGGGAGUACUAAAAAGGUAUUAAAAGCAUGCCAGACUC